AUGGCUCCACCUAGCGAAAGCAAACAGACUACAAGAGAUUGUAGCUCUUUCCGAGUAGACCCAAGAGACGACCCGUUGGAUUGCAUCAGUAUUUUUGCGUUGGUCGUUCUGGCCUGUGGUAUCAUUCUGGUCAGUGCUGGGUACCUUGUACCGCGGGACCACGCCAUAGACCCGAAGCUUUCAGCUAGAGAGAACGAACAACUCGGCCUACAUUAUGCAAAGUUAGCUUCAGAUUUGGAUAUCUGUAUCAUUACGGGUAUGGUGUUCGUGGGCCUUGGCGGUGUGACAAUGGCGGUGUUACUUAUAGCCGUCCUCUGCCGAGGCGAACUGAACGGUAGCCCACAACCAAAACGUCCAUCGUACGGGGCACGGGAGACGACAGAGUCGUCUUCCACGAGACAGUUAUUCCAAAUGGCAGAUGUAGAAAAUGCUGGCGAAGGAAGAUGA